GCAUUGAGCCCCUUGCAGCGCAGCAAUGUACAUGGCUGGGCGAGGUUGCCCCAGGAACAAGUCUUGCCACUGUUACAAAAGAUGCGUGGACCAUACGGAUGGAACGAUGAAGUGCCUCCUUAGCCACGCCAACUCCAAUCGCAAGCAUGGCACGACUAUAAUUCAAAUAUUUGGUUCAUGCUGUUGCAAUAAAGACCCUUCCUGUGCUCCCACCAAAAAUGGUAUAAUGGUUCAAGAAGGAGCUGCAAACUCAAUUGAUACCUCAAGGGGUUCUAGUGAUCAUGCCACUCAAUCUUCUACAAAUGGAACACCUGAAUCAUUAUCUUCGUCUAAGGAAUCAGAGGAUAGACCAUCUGAGAGUCAAUCUUCCCAGUUGGGUCAUAGUAAGACUUUCUCCAAGCUUUGGAUGAUAUCAAAUAAGGGUGACCUCACUCCAGAACAAGAAGGGAAAAUAGAUGAUUUCGUCGAGAAAAUGCAGCCUCAGUUUCCUGUCCUUGUGGUUCAAAUGAAGAAGAGCAGUGCCAAACGUCAGAACCCUGUUGUGGUCAUUUCUAAGGGUUAUGCAGCCGAAUACUUUCCACAGAAAACCCAAACCAUCACGCUUGAGCGUCCCGGAUGUAAGAAGAAGUGGUAUCCCAGGCUCCAUGUUAGGCCAAACAGAGGUGGAUACAUCCUGUGUGGGCCUUGGAAAAACUUUGUUCGCGAUAACAAAUUAAAGGAGAAUGAUAUUUGUAUCUUUCAACCAAUCAAGGGUCAGAGAUUCAGAGUGAUUGUCCAUCUGCUUGGCAAAGCUAGCACUCAUUCCCGCGGUCGGCGUCCCCGUGACUCAAACAAUGGUAGUGCAAGGAAACAAUCUUCAGCGGCACAUGUUCAUGAUAAUUCGAGCAGCAGGGACAAAUUUCCACAGUUGAACCAUUGCGCUUCAGAUGAUUCAGAGGAACCUUCUCACCCUCCUCCCUUCAUUGUACUACGCCAUACCAGUUUAACUCCUGCGCAGGAGAAGACAGUGGACGAGAAAGUUAAGGCCAUCCAGAGUGAUGUGCCAAUUUUUUUGGCAAACAUGAGCGAGGAGAUUGUUGGUGACAGCGGUACCUUUUCCCUUGACUUUGCCUCGCGAUAUGCCACACCUCAUCUCCCAGAUGGGAAGCAAACUCUGACCCUCUCUCAAGACGGGUGGCGCAAGGCAUGGCACAUCAAGAUGCUGAACCGGCGGAUGCUCCCUGGAGAAUUGCGCGAGUUCGCCGGCGACAACCGGCUGCGGACCGGAGACCUCUGCCUGUUUGAGCCGGUGAAGAAGGAGAUGCUUGCCAUGGCAGUCCACAUCAUUCGCAGCGAGCAGUAUGCUUAGCUGGCCUUCUACUGGUGCUGCGGUGUGCUUUGUGAUGGGAUGGCUCUGCGGCCUUAAGGAAAACCGUGGAUGUGUCGGGUUAUCUCCCAGAAGGAUCAGGGAGCUGUUCUGCUUUAGUGUAUGCCUAAUAAUGCCUCUCAAUGCAGUUGCUUGAUGGUGCAUGCUGCUUCCUGAUUGAGAGGCUCUUUCCUGCUACUAGCUAGUUCUACUGAAUUUAAGUUUCGUGAAAACUUGUUAGCGGCAUCAAGUUCUGUUAAUCUUUAUGUAACUGGUGCAGCUGUGCUGGAUUAGAGUUUUAAUUUGUGUCUGUGCAUGUGAACAUAGCCUGAAUGCGUGGCUUGGCACAAAGACUACAACGUUACGUAAUGU